CCCACGGUAGUGAAAAUGACGUAUUUCCGGGUCGGCGUUUGGCGGGACGAACUUUAUCAACAAGACUCCUGAGGUGAGCCAAAGCAGCUUCAACAUGAUGGCCACAAACGGGAAAGCGUACAAAGACGGUCCGGUGAACGGAACCGCGCCGCCACACGCAGCAAACUCCACGGGGGGCCGCUUCACCUUCAGCCCGGAGCCGAGCGUGGAGGACAUCCGUCGCAUGCAGGCCGCGUUCACCGACGAGCGCGACUGGAACAAGUUCCACCAGCCCCGCAACCUGCUCCUGGCCAUGGUGGGCGAGGUGGGCGAAGUCUCGGAGCUCUUCCAGUGGAAGGGCGAAGUGGCCGACGGCCUGCCCGACUGGAGCGACUCCGAGCGGGAGCAGCUCGCUCACGAGCUGAGCGACGUCUUCAUCUACCUGGUGGAGCUGGCCGAGAAGUGCCGCGUGGACUUACCCCAAGCCGUGCUCCGCAAAAUGGCUCUGAACAGACUCAAGUACCCCGCCAGCAAAGUGCACGGCUCGGCUAAGAAGUACACCGAAUAUAAAGACUGAUUUUUAAUUCCUAUAUUCGUUUUAUUUGUACAAUCUGGAAUCGGUGGUGGUGGUGGCGGCGGCGGCAAUCACAUCUUGAAUGCUCGGAAGGAUCUACAUGUUCAAAGUCACGUUCAGAAAUGUGUUAAUACUUUGAAAAGUAUCUUUUUUUAUUUACUUAGCUCAAGGAAACCCUUGAAAAAAAAAUCGCACACUAACUUUACAGCGUCACUUCUUGUCAUGGCAUGUAUGUAAAAGGCAACUUUGUUGUAACUCAACCAAAGUAAAGUUUUUGAAGUCA